AUGAAGGCUGUAAAAACAGGUUAGAGCAGUACACAAGUAAAAGCAAUAAAAUACCCGGAGGCCUUGAAGGCAAACGAAGGGGGAAAAAAAGACUAAAGCAUGUCUUCAUUUGGUCAACAAGUCAGGCCUUAAAGUCCUCACUGCCAUGACUAAAUUCAGACCCAAGUUCAAGUCUGCUGCUCCACUGAGAUCUCUGGUACUUCAGAGAUAAUUGUGACAUAUUUCACUGAGGUUACAAGAGAUCAGCUUAGAUUGUUAUCAGUCUAUGAGUCUAUCUCAGCCCUGUGAUCUCCAACCUUCACCUGUUUAUACACACUCAAACAGCUGUGUUUACGAGCAUCUGAAUCACACAAAAAACACACAGUGAGGGAUCAGUGAACUCAGCUAAGUUUGAAUGAUACAAGGACACAUUGCUCUCUAUCUCACACAUGCUCGACGCACAAGCGCGGGCGCGCGCGCACACACACACACACACACACACACACACACACACACACUGGGGUAUCAUCAGGAAUUCUGGGCCCUGUGAAAACGUGUCACUCCUGGGCCUCACCAUGGCCUGAGGUAACCCCACACAAUAGCUCAACCACACUUCCAUUACACUUACAAGCCAACUUUAAUUUCCACAACCUUGUGUUACUCUCUGAAAGUGAGUGUUUUUUUUUCUUUCUACAAAUACCAAGACAUGUUUUCAUUCAGGCACCAAGUCUGGCUGGAGUGCUCUCUGUCAUAACAGGAAUGGAGAAAACUAACAAAGAAACACUUCAAUAAUGUGAUCACAUUGGUUUGUGCUUUCUGACACUCACCUCACCUCAACACUCUUGUUACUCAAAUUUUGUACCCAAGUGAUUAACUUGUUUAAUGUUAAAAAAUAUUUUUAAAGAUAUGAGGAAAAAAAUAAUCUCUUAAACUCAAUUGCAGUUUCAUGUGGGAAACUUUUGGUUUGUGUAAAUUUUGGCACUCCCUUGUGGACAAAUAAGAUAGUGUGUAGAUAAGGGCAUAUUAAGUGAUAUUUAACCAUCAGGUUCUUGAUUGAAAUGCUCCCUCCCUCAUAAACUAGUUUAAACACACUUAUGGAUAUUAUGCCAUAUUUCUACCAAGUCUCUUAUGAUGAUGGCACUCAAUACCAAACAACCUGACUUUGAAACCAUUUUAUUUUUUUUGUUCUAGCUGGACUGGAGAAAGAGACCCUGGGUGGUUGUUUCCCUUUUUCAUUCAAAAUGACGCCACAUACACACUCAUAUAAAGAAGAAAUUAGUCAAAUAUCAAUCUUUUUUUUUUUGUUCAGCUGCUGGAUAUACAAAGAAAAUAAUCUGGACCUGAGAUGAUGGUGAGAGAACAGAAUUUGACCAAUUAAUCAACCUUUUUGUCUCUAUCUCUUAGUCUCUAUCAUUUUCAUACUUUGUGUGAAACCAGUUCCUGGACUUUGUCACGGUUUCUGUGUGUGUGUGUGUGUGUGUGUGUGUGUGUGUGUGUGUGUGUGUGUGUGUGUGUGUGUGUGGUAGUUGCAACUUGUCAGACAAGAUUUACUUGAAUCUAUUGCACUUGCAAGCACAUUUUGAGAUUACAGGUAAAAUUAUACCAAUACCAGUAUCAACAUUUAGGUAAUCACUGCAAUACAAUGACAAAGUCAAAAGCUUGAAGUUUAUGUACCUUAGGAUUUUCAACAUAAAAAUGAGGCCUGAUAAUGGAGACCUUUAACUUUCUGUCUCAAACAAACACAUUCACUUGUGUUAUAGUGCUCUCCGGUGGAAAUUAAUGGAAUAACAAUUUACAUCAAUAUGCAAUAAUCCAUAAUAUUACAAGAAGUUAUGUCAACACAUAUAUCUUGAAAACAUCAGAUUUAACCUCUAAAAUUGUGUGUGACAGACACUAAGACCCAGUACUACUUCUAUACUCCUUUUGUAAGUACUUAUUUUGUCUUAACCCAAGCAUCACGGACCAGAGUUUUAACAAAAACAAAAGGGAGGACCCACAAUGCAGCCUUCACUGUAAAAGGUUAAAUAAACAAAACUGAGGAAAAAUCUGUACAAAAUUCUUAUCCCAAACCAAAAAAACACUUGAAGCAGGAAAGAACACAGGAGUACUGGUUACAAGUACAUGAUAAAACAAACCAACAAAGAGGGAAGACAACACAGGGACUAAAGACGCAGGGUAAUGAGCAAUGAGAGUCAGGUGAGACAAUAAGACAAAAGUGCAGACAACACUGAGAAGGGAAAACACAGGAAGUAAAACUAAACUUCACACAAAGGGGCUGACUACUACCUGCACAGUUGACAACUCUCAUGACUGGGAUAAAAACCUCCACCUGGACCCCAUCCCAUCCAAACUCAUCAAGGACUGCCCGCCUGUCAUCUCCCCACUCAUCACCGCCACCAUUAAUACCUCCCUCAGUUCUGGUUCUGUUCCCCAAACCCUCAAACUGGCUGCCAUUACACCCAUCAUCAAAAAUUCUUGUCUCAACACUGACAAUCCUAGUAACUUCCGACCCAUCUCCUAUCUCCCCUUCCUAUCUAAAAUUUUGGAACGCGCUGUAGCCUCUCAACUAAGAACCCACCCCACCUCCAAUAAUCUCUUUGAAUGCUUUCAAUACGGUUUCCGAACACAACACAGCACAGAGACGGCCCUCCUCAAACUCACCAACGACUUCCUCCUCUCCUCAGACUCUGGACACCUCACCAUCCUCAUGCUCCUUGACCUCACAGCAGCCUUCGAUGCCAUCAACCACUCCAUCCUGCUCUCUCAACUGAAAUCCUCAGCCCACAUCACUGGCACAGCACUCACCUGGAUCCACUCCUACCUUACCAACCGUCACCAGUUCAUCAGUGUAAACAACUGCACCUCCUCCCCCAGGGAUCGGUGCUUGGUACCCUCCUCUUUAUUCUCUACAUGCUUCCCCUCAGCAAAAUCAUCCAUCAUUAUGGGCUCCAGUUUCACUGUUAAGCCGACGACAUCCUACUAUACAUCUCCACCAUCACCAAAACCACCCACUCCACACUCAGCAAAUGUCUCACUGAAAUUAAAAAAUGGAUGCAAAAAAAAAAAAAACCUACAAUUGAACAGUGACAAAUCAAACAUCAUCAUCAUCGGACCCACAUCCCACACCAGUAUGAUCCAAAACCUCAGCCUCACCCUCAACAACUGUACUCUGUAGUCCUCCCCUCACAUCUGGAACCUUGGAGUCAUCUUUGACAACCAACUCAAGUUCGACCGCCAUAUUAAACACAUCACCAGGACCGCCUUCUUUCACCUCAAAAACAUAGUCCGUCUCCGCCCCUCACUCACCUUCUCCGCUUCUGAAACCCUGAUCCAUGCAUUCAUAACAUCCAGACUAGAUUGUACUGUACCAGCAUCCAAUACGGCUCACCAUCCAAAGUCCUCAAUAAACUUCAUUCAGAACUCUGCUGCCCGCCUGCUCACCCGCACCAACUUCCGAGAACACAUCACCCCCGUCCUCCAAAAACUGCACUGGCUCCCCAUCUCACACCGCAUACAAUUCAAAAUCCUCCUGCACACCCACAAAUCACUCAACAACCUGGCCCCCACCUACCUCACAGACCUGCUCCACCACUACACCCCCUCCCGUGCCCUCCGACCCUCAGAGAAAAAUCUUCUUGCCCUACCCCCUCUGACCAAGCACUGAACUUGGGGGGACAGAGCCUUCUCCGCUGCUGCCCCCACCAUCUGGAAUUCACUCCCCAAACCCAUCCGAGACUGUACUGACCCCCACACUUUUAAAUCCCUCCUAAAAACACACCUUUUUAAAUUAGCUUUUAACCCAUGAACUGUUCUUUUUAUUGUCCUCUCAUAUCGUGUGUUGGGUCUAAAACCUGCCCAAAUACCUGAUAACAUAUAAAGAAGAGAAAGACAAUGGUAUAUGCUCGGGAAGAAUGGACAGAGAUAGCAUCAGGUAAAAUCUCAGAACCACUCUAAAGGUGGUUUUCUGUCCUCCCUCUUUUAUUUAGGGUUGUCCCUGGUUACACAAUGUUUCUAAAGGGUGGGGGAAAAAUAUGUGCAGCAACGUAAGCAUUCUCAUAAAACAUAAUAAUGAACAACUGUGAAUAUGUGAAGGUCAAGGCGACAUUGUUGCAUCAAACGAGCUCCUUCUGAUAAGAGCGGAUCCUCCUCAUUACUUCCCACGAUUCACAGUGGAGGAUACAUCACCCACACACACACACACCUGCUGAUAGCAAAAAGACAAGUUCACAGAAAAAUGAAGAAACAUCCAUGUGCUGUGUAAUAAAGCUAUUGGAGAGAGAAGUUAGAAAACACUCUUAUAUGAUAAAAUACACUCUUAUAUGAUGUGUAUCAAGAGAUUAAAACAGUUCAUACUUGUAGCAAACUCUUACAUAAGAAUUUGAGUAAGAUGAUAACUUCUAUAUACAUUUAUACACAUUAUUCUGACACGUGUCUUUUUUAACCUUUUUUUUUUAACCUCAUUGGCUUUAUUUCUCAAAAUUUUCUGUAUUUUAAAUUGUGUUUUUUUAUUAUUUUAUUUUCUUCUUUUUCUUUGUAAGGCGUCUUUGAGCACCUGUAAAAGCGUGUCAUAAAUAAAAUGUAUUAUUAUUAUCAUUAUUAUUAUUGUUAUUACAAAUUAAAACAGGAAGUUACACUAAACUAGACACACACCAAGAAGGAACUACAUAAUAACCCAGGAGACACUGAAAACUUACCACAAGACCAAACAGAAAAAUGCAACAGGAACAUAAGAAGAAUUGACACAGGGGAACAGGUACAAUAGGGAACAGAAUCACUUGGGACAAAUACACAGAAAAUACAACUAAAUAACAAAACCAGGAAAAAUUUAGUUAACAAUCAUGACAGUUUUUUUUUUGUUUUUUUUGUUGUUGUUGUUGUUGGUGUCCAUGCCUGUUAAAAAAACAUGUGUCUUCCCAAUGUUUUUGGUUCUGUCUCUAGUGUUUUUGGUCCUGCAGUUCUUGUUGCAUUUUCUUUUUGUGUAAUUAUUAUUUUUUGCCUUUGAAACCAUGGGUUAUUAAAUCUUUGUGUUUUGGGGUCAGCAUUUUGGAUCCCUUUCUUUUGUAUAAACUGUGCCUCGUGACACAAAGUACCAGUAACAGUCUUUAAUGGUAUCUUGCAUUACUAAAGAAGACAGAAGAAACAAUACCUCUCAUCUCUUUUUUUGAUUGUUUUUUUUUUUUUUUUUGUACACGUUGGGGUAUGUUUUUUCUGAUUAUUUAUAAAGCAAACACAAAUUUAACACAUGAAUUCAAUAAAACGCAAACAAAAAAAACUGCAAACUAUUACGCAUAAGCUAUGAUUUGAUAAAUUCAGAUUAGUUCGAAAUACCCCGCUUUAAUUGUGUUGCUCAGUUAACUGUCAAGAAAAACACACAAGAGGUGUAUCCAAAAAAAAGUCAACAAAAGGGGUAUCACAUUACUGCAAAGGACCGUCAGUCCAGAGUCCUCUCCCAAGAUCUCUGCUUCAGUCAAACUACACCGAUCUUUCUGUCAGAAACAGUAUGUUCUGAAGCUUCACGACACAUCGCGACAUUUGAAGGCAAAGUGUGGGUUGCCAUCGCAUCGUCCAAUCAGAUUCCAGACAACGAACAGGCUGCGCUGCGGCUGAACCAAUCACAAGCCGGAGAAGAACUGGACAGUAAGCCGCCUGCCGCAUCCUUGCCGCGUAGUCUCCUCCACUCUGUCGGGUCGCUUGACUAUUCGUGUCGCUCUGCUCCAGGGACGUCGCUGCUGUGGUUGCUAGCCGACAGGCUGCCGCUGCUCUCCGGUUGGGAUGUGACAGAGGUGCGGCAGGAAUAACCGAGUCACAUUCUCAUUGGGGAGCGAACGGGGACGACCCGAAUUAGUUCCGGUAAGUGUUUGCUGUCAAAGUCCUUUCCUUGAUUUAAGCCCAAAACGAGGCCGGUGGUAACGGGGUGAAUGGGGAGCGUGCAUGUGUCAAAUUAAGCGUUUGCGUGAGUGUCGAUGGAAAUCUGCCGUGACUCGACGUCCUCCCAGAGUCACCGCAGAGAUGUACCGACAGACACACACCGGGGCUGGCAGCAGCAGAUACCGUCACGAAGCCGGUGAUGCUGUUAUACAGUGACGGCUACGGUGUCGGUAAUGACGCUGCUGCCACGGCUUGAUCAGCACAGAGGGCCUGAAUAUCUGCUGCUCUUCAUCGUUUCUGAUCCACUUCACUAUAGCCUUCUUCUUUGCUCCUCUCCUCAUCCUCUUCUCCUCUGCGUCCUCACCCGCUCACCUUCUCCCUAUUACCUCCUCCUCUUUUUUUACUUCUCUCUUCAUCUCCCUAUCUUCUCCCUCCUCUUCAUCUUUGUCUCCUCUUGUUCUUCUACCUCUUCCUCCCUUGGUGUUCUGUCUCAUAGCAUCUUGCGUCCAUCCUUAAAAAUUAAUUGCUGCAUUCGCGACAUGCCGACUGCCCCUCUCUGCAGAGCGCCCUUAUUUUUAGUUUCAUGUUUCUGACUGUAGUUUCCUCUUUUGCAUAUCAAACUAUUGAGACUGAUCGGAGAAAGAAGUCCUGAUUCUUAUAUUUCUCACUGAGUAUUUUUUUUAAAUUGAAAACUCUGUAUAAACAUGUGGUGGCUGUUAAAAAUACAUUCAAUACUUAAAAGAUUACAUGGACUAUAUGGAUUACAACAUUUAUGGCUAGAUUGGGUCUCAGCAGGUAAUCUCAUUCACAAAAGUUAGCGGUGAUUUUCAAGUCACAGCUCAUAUGUAUAGUUGGUGUAAUGAUUGCAGACCUUUCGGUUAGCAGUGAAAUAAAAAAAAGUAUUAGAGAUUUGAUGUGCAAGCAGACCCCUUAGCACAGAUUACAAGUCACAUUCAGGACCACAGAUUUGCAUCUGCCUUCUUUCUUUCUUCUUACUUGACCCACCAGGGCACCAAACAGUUCAGCUAACGUUGGGGUAGUGUCUCUAUAUCAUCAUGGUAAAGCUGUAAUUGAGCUAGAAAAGUAUAAUAUGAGCCGUAAUUGCUCUACAGCAAAUCACCUAACAUUGGUGUGCAAGUUCACACCGAAGUAAGGCAGCUCAAAGUUCUGUCCACACAGAUGAAAAUGAUCAGCUUAAUGUAUGUGUAGCUGAAUCCUCUGCUAGCAGCGCCUCAUAUGCUCCAGUAAUUGCUUGUAGUUUUAGUCAUGUUUGACGCAUGCCAUGUGCCGUAAAACUGACUUUAGCUGCUGGCAAACAGUUAAGACAGUGCUGGUUACUCUUGAUCUCCAAUCCUCUUGGGAUUUGAGCAUUUGUUUGCAGUCUGCGAAGUGACCUAUGUUCCCAUUCAUGAGCUAAAAACUAAGAAGUUUAAUUCACUGUUCACCAAACUAUUAGCCUAUUCAGUGAACGCACUCAUAUUAGUGCGUUCACACACAACACUGCAUCUGAAAAAGGUUUGAUGAUAAAUUUGGUGUUUCUCUCAAACAUACCAUACAAAUAGUUAGCUCACCAAGAAACAAAAGACUUAUUUCAAUAUCACAAUGGCUGUUGGAAAACUAACACCGGUUGACUACUUAUCUGUAUGUUCUGCAAAUGAUUAGAGAGAGAACUGUCUGCUAUCACAAAUUUCUAUAGAUGCACUGGUUGCAAUGUGAUGGGAUGCUGUUUUAAAGUAUUCUCUGUGAUCUUUGGAAAUUUUAACAAGCAAUUACUAAUUACUCAUUUAACAAAUGAGAAUUUCCCCCGACAAAACAAACAAACAGCAAUACCAAAUGUGUUUUUCCUUGCUUUUUCCGUAGCAACACACUGGAUUUAAUUGAUUGUAUAGCAAAGCUUAAGAUACUAACAUGCAGAGUAGGGUCUUAAAAACAAUCUGUGGAUAUAUGUUUCAUUCAAACUUAAAGUAAGGCUCAAAUGAUUAGUUGGGGAAAUGAUUCAACAAGGGAGCAGGACAGAGGGCCUAUUUUAGACUGCGAGUGUCCACUUUUCUGCAUACUUGUUCUCAUUAAAAAAAGUAUUGCUGCUGGUAUUCAGAUACAUGCCAGCUUUGCUCAUCUGCGCAUUGACUUUUCAGUAGUCUAUUGGCUUUGUCUCCAAAAAAGGGGUAAUGCCUGGUAAAAAGUUCCCAAUCUCUGUGUCUGCAGUGCUGAAAAUGAUCAAAAGACAUGGGGGAUUAAAAGUGCUGAAUGAAACUGAAACUACAACGAGGCAGCAGUGGCUCAGUGGGAGAGUUUGUCAUCUAUAAAUCCAGUGUUGGGGAUACAGUCCCAGGUCAAGCAGUCCACAUGUCAAAGUUGUCCCUAACCCCAAACUCUCCUUCUGAGGCUCUGCCAGGGCUGAGUGAAUGUUAAUAGUCAAUCCUAUAUUGGGUGUCAUAAAGUCAGCUCCUGCUGUGGAUAACCUAUGGAUAGGUUAGACCUCCAGACAAGAGAAUGUAUGGAUCCCUGAAGUGCCAAGUGCCAAAAUAAUUAUGAACAAAUCUGUGAGUAUGGAGAGAACAGUCCUCGCAUAUGGAUUGUCAAUGCAUGUGCAUGAAUCUGCACAUGGCUCUUUUUCUUGAUCUGACACCUGCAGGGCUCUGUAAACAUUUAAGGAUGUAAACAGGUUAUGGAUAAACCAGCUGUCUCCUUCUGCUCCAUGCUCCAAACAAGUGUCACCAGGCCAUAGAGCCACAGCGUUGAAUAAUCAAUAUUUUGAUUAUCAGUGAAUAUAUGUAAAGUACACAUAUAAACUAACCCGUUUUGUAUUUUCACCAUUAUUGGAAGCUUAAAUCUGCUUAUUGCCAAAUAAUUUUGUUGGAUGUGUUUUAUAUUGAUAUUUUUUGCCCACGUUUAAGUGGCAUGUGUCAAAUGUAUCUGCCUACCAUUAACAUAACAGUAACAUUUCUGUGUUUUCUUCUCUUAAACUGUACUCGUGGUCAGGAGCAGGUGUAACAUUUGUGAAGAGCUGCAAACAAAUGAGGGCUACCAAAACACUGAUGGAUGCUGUUUUGCCCAUAAAUUUAAUUCUGCUCACAGUUUACACUCACAUUCAGUCUGCUCACAUUUCAUGAAUGAGAACCAAUGUAAGAGCAGUUGGUCAAGGUCAGCAUGUGAUAUUCUUCAGAUGGACCCUUUAUUUAUGAUAAAAUACAAAUACUUUGUGUUAUGAUAUGGAUUUCAUAACAUGACAGAUUUAUGUCAAAGGAAAUAUUAAGUGAUGUUAUACUAUAUAUUGUAAUACAAUCUUUAUCAGACCAGUAGCUGUUUUAGUUUUGAUAUUUAGGACGGGAAAGACAUGUUAUCAUGUAGAAAAGAUGAUGGUGAAAAUAGCUUCAUGAGGGCUGAUACUAGUAUGUUACAAUUCUUACAAAAUGCCAUCAAUCGGGGCAAUUAAUCACAACCAAUAAAUUUGUCCUAUUAAAUUGUUGCACUAUAUGACAUACAUUUACAGUACAAUGCUCUGAUGCACUAAUGAUUACUAAUCAAAAUUGGUUAUUGCACAGAACAUUGCACUGGGUUGUUAAAAUACAAAUAGUGUGCAGCACAUCAAUAUGACUGAAUACUACAGAGUAAAAUAACUAAAUAUUAGCCCUCAACAAGUACAUGUGAAACCAGUAAUCAGGCCAAUCAAACCACCUACAGCCAAUUAACAUGACUUUACCUGCAGCCCCAUUAACACCUACUGGGGGGAAAAUGGAGAAGGUGGCUUUGUACAUCUCAUCAUGAAUGACAGCAUUACAAACAGCUGAAACAUUUGCACUGUAUUAUCAAUAUCAAUGGACAACUGACAUCACGUUUUCAGCAGCUAAUGCAAAUGAGAAGUGAGAUUGGUGAUAUCAAAAAAUACAACUUCAUUAAAAAAUGAGAACAGAACUGCCGAUCUUGAGUAUUUUAUCAAAUAAAUGUAGAGGAAACAGUUUUUGGCUAAGUAAAAUUUCUAUCCAGCCAACUGAAAUUAUGAAGACAAGAAAAAUAUUGGGGUUAAAAUAGUAAAAGAAAGAAAGUCAUUCAUAUUCAUUUUUCCAUGCACAUUACAUUUUAAUUUGUGUGGUUGUCCUCGCCGGUAACAUGUUUUAAAAUAUAAUAAAAUAUUGGCAACAUUCUUCAACAUUUGUUGAAGCAGCACAGUGUUAAUUAAGAGCCCUGUGUCUUUGACACUAUGAGCAGUUCUGUUCUCCACAGCUAAGGACAAAAUAAGACCAGAGAGAUUAAGGAUCUUCCCAAAGAAAGCAGAUGUGCUUAUUUUGCAAAGGAAAGACUUGAAGUAAAUCUACAGACCAGUUUUUGGUUUUGUUCAGUAUGUACAGAGACUUGUUAACACAGAAAACCUGCACGGACCCACCUUUUUUUCCACACAGGAAUUGAUAAAGGAAUAAAUAAAAAAUUGGAUCAAAAGCAGAGUCCAUUAAGGCAUCAAUAUUAGGAUCUCAUAAAUUUCUAUUUCUUGCCCAAUGUAUUAUUCAUAGUUAAUAAUUACCAAUGAAAAGUAGAAAUAGCACCUAUGUCCUCUGGUCUGACACCUAGCUGUCUUGCAGAAGGUACAGGUGUAAAAAUUCAGAUUCAGAAAUACCUCGAUUGGUUUAUUCACUUUUGAGGUCAUGAAGAGUCAGCACUAUUAACUCCAUUUUUCUUCAUUACAAAUCAAAAAAUCCCUUAGGGAGCUUUAAAUAAAUCCUACUUUUUAAUUAAAUUUAUCAUUUGAAUUAAUUUACAUUUUGUAAUUUUGAUGUGUCAUGUAUUUUGGACGUUUCAUUUAGUAGUUAAGUUUUCGUUUUAUUUCGUGUUAAAUUAGUUUUUAUUUUGAAGGACAAUCUGCCGUUCUUCCGUUCUUCGCAAGCAUUUAAUCCUUUCCCACAAUGCUUUGUUUCCACGUCCCUUGCUUCCUGUUUAUUGUGACCGUCUCCGCCGGUGAAAUUUUAACGUAAACGCCGCCGUGCCCUCGCCGAAAGCUCUGUGAGUAACCGCAUCCCCGAAUAUUUCACCUCCAGUCCCGACUGUUGUGGCUUGUUCCUGCGGUUCGCUCUUUUAUUUUGACAGUUAACGUUGGUGCAGAGUAAAUCCCUCCUCUGCUUCCUCAGUGACACAGAGACGGCCGAGGCCCGGACUCCAGUCAAAAACGGUACUAUUUAAAACCCGAUCAUAUUCACCUUGUAAAGACAAUCAAUUCCAAACUGUUUGGGGCAUAGUUAGAAACAAAUGAUUUUCGUGAGAGUUUCGGCAUAGAGAUAAUCCUCAUAGAGCUCUUAAUUUGGAAAAAAUGCCAGUCUUUGUAAUGGAUGCCCUGUCAGAAACCGCCCUCCGCGGGGUUGUAAUUGGGAAGUGAGCUCGGUCGUGAUGAGGAAAUAUGUCAUUUUUGCCAAUAUUAAACCGAAAUAGAAUGCCAAGUGUUUUAUUUGACGCGAUUUUGAUUGGAAAGUAAAAGAACAAUUUGCAGAAGUACCAUAAAUCUCCGUGUGCUGUCCCAAAGGCUCUCGGUGAAUAGGCAGAUAUUUGUACGGAGUCAGGCUGAGGUAAACAGAUAAUGAAAGUAUCUCUGUGCAGUUCAUAGAGCUCCGAUAGCGCCAGGAUAACAGAUUUAUGACACGAUAUUAAGCUCAUACAAAGAUCAUGUCACCUCCUGUGCACUGACAGGAGGUCAGAAGGCACCUAUCUUGAUAAGGUCAAUUGUAUAUUCAACAUUUUUUUCCCCAAAGAAGCUUACUUAGGCAAUAUUUACUUUAAAGGACAUGAAACAGAGAGACUGAUGCCUCAUCAAUAAAGAAAUUAUUAUUUUAUGUCCAUGGAAUUAGCCAGCUGAACAAGGGCAGUCCACCCACUUUUCUCUCCUAAAACAAGCCAAUGUUUGUAUUACUGAAGACAAAACCAGUACCACAACUGUAGUUCAGCUAUCCUCUUUAAGCUCUGUCAACAUUAACAUAGACAGUGGUUUUUGGCACCAAAAUUGACAGAGGUAUAGCACAAAAUUGAACAGUUCUUAACAAUGAAAAAAUCAGAAUAUUCACAGGAAAUACAUUACAGGUCAGUGUGCUAAUUCAUAUAUCAUGUUCGAUUUCACACACACAGCGCUCACAGCUCUUUCUGUUUAUCUUUAUUCAUAUUUUUGAAUAUUAGUGGAAGGUUGGUGCUGUGCCACUGACUUAAAUCAGAACCUCUAACUGCCGCCUCUGUUGAAGAUGAUGUGUGCAGCAUCAGUUACCGUGGCAAUGGCAGGACUGAAUUGACUUUUUUUCUGUUCUGACAUUAAAAUGUUUGUCUUCAUAAUCAGAUCUAGUCCAGCUGUUUAUUUUGAGAUCAGUGUCACAACGUAUUUAUUGCUUCUCUUUCUCAUCUUUAUUGUCUCAUUUUUCUUCUCCUUUUACCUUCUCCUCUGUUUUUUCUCUUCUUUUAUGCCCUCUAACUCCUUGUCUCUUUUUUCUUGUGAUUUGUCUCAUGAUUUGUCUUUGUCUUCUUUGUCAUCUGCCUCAUUUCCUUCUUGUUUUUUCAAUUUACUCCUACCUGUUCUUCCUCUCUUUCCUUCCUCUUGUUCCUGUUGCUGUUCUUCAUCAUUCCUUCUUUUCCUCGUGUCCCCCUCAGGCCUGUAGCUGCACCUGUCUCUCUCCAUCCUUGCCCUUGGGACUCUUCAGGAUGGAGGACUCUGAAACAGAGCUGGUGGUUUCAGAGUCUGAUGCUCUUGGUGCAGACUUUAUCACCGUGGAGUUGGACACACAGCCCAUCGAGUAUGUGGUGAAGUGGGCAGAGGUUGGCUCUAAGUUCACCAUCUCAUGUGUGAAGAAGGACUCAGACGAUCCAUCAGAUCUGACAGCCGAACAGCUGAAGAUUGAAACGGACGAGGCCUUCUUUGCUCCGUACGAGGAGGUGUACCCCUGCGAGGUGACAGAGCAGAGUGUGGAGAUAAAGACAGAUUCAGAUGAAGAUGAGGAGGGCGAAGAGGACCAGGAGGUGCUGGUGGAAGCAGGGGGCAGCCGGCUUGAUGGUGACAUGGACUCGGACCAGGCUGAUUAUGAGCCAGAUGAGCGUCAGCACCGCUGCAGCUACUGCGGAAAGUGUUACAGCCACGCCUCUAGUCUGUAUCGCCACCAGCAGACCCACACCGGGAAGAGCAGCGGGGCAGCUCCUCCCACCAAACGAGCGCUAGAGCCAACUCACCAGGAUGCACGUUACACCUGCCCGCAUUGUGGGAUGAGUUUCAAAGGAAGCAGGUCUGUACUCAGAGAUUUACUGAUAUCGGUCUGUGCUGACUGAUAUCUAUAAAUGAAUAUCUACAUAAUUACUUUUCUGUACUUGUUAUGGACAUAAUACUGAUGAAGCACUUAAUCAUAACAGAGUUGGCCUAGAGUUUUUGUCUAGUGUGUCUGAAGCCCCUAAAAUUUGUUUUUAGCUUUGAGAUUAUCACCACGAAGUGUUUCUGUUUUUUUUAUUCUGGCUUAAAGAAAAGUCUGAACUAUCAUGAGGGACUCUCUUGGCUCUGACAUCAGAGUAGAUACACUUCCUAUUAAAACUAGUCAACAUCUACAUGUGGGACAGGGGCCUUAGGGCUAAAACAUACAGGAUCAGUGUUGAGUGCGUUUCGUCAUCAUCGCAUGUCAAGAAGCAAAUAGGUUGCCAUGCUAAUCACUGCAGCCUCACACACAGGAUGCGUCGCAGCUCCGUCUCAGAAGCAUGUCAAGUGCGGCUCUGCUAAAGAUACGCGACGAGUCUAUUUUCUCUGCUCUACGCUUCCAACACACGUCCAUCCACACAAGCACAAAAACCACGCAUGUCGUCCACUAAAUUUUAAAAUAAAACACCAUAUGCUGACUCCCGACUGUGUAUCAUUUCGUGUAGAUGAGAAAUACUUCCUGGUUAUGGAUUUAUCAGUAACACAGAACAAUCUGAUGGUCAAUCUCUGAUCCAUGUGGACCCCUACAGGACUUUUAACUGCUAACUCUGUCUGAAGGUAACAGCACAGCAUAAAUGAACAUAGUUUACUUUAUUAAACACUAGUUAACCUGCAAAAACCGAAACUGUAAAAUCAUGUUGCUUUUUCACAUACAGUAGAGGCUCAACAGUCACUGAAUUCUAUCCACAUUAGCAGGAAAUAGACCACAAAAGGCAAACAACCUGGUCUGAGCAUGUUGUCUCCCCCUAUACUGAGCCCAGCUGACCAGGGCUGCUCCAAACACGCAUCCUGUGCGUGAUAUACAGCACUGCUCGACAGAGCAGAUGCGCGACGCUGAUGAAACGCACUCAACACGGAUCCUGUAUGUUUUUAGCUUUAGAUUUACAUUAACAAUUUGAGAAUAAAGUUCUGUUAUUAGAAUAAAGCUGCUAGAAGAUAUAGCUGUAAUGUUAUGAAAAACAAAGUGGCUCAGUUACGACGAUAAAGUAGUGGCGGUUUAUGGUUAACCUACAUAUUUUAAAGGGUACAGACCUUCAGAGCAUCCAGCUGCAGAACCAUGCUUGUUAGACAGCCUUUCCUCAGUGUGGAUUCAGGUUUUUUGAGUCAUUUCGGAGUCCUGAUGUUGAAGACUGUUUCACCUAUGCAUUCAAAGACUCCCUGUUAAUAUGCAUGUAAAACCUUAAAGGGAUAUUCCGGCGUGAAAUUAAGUUAGGGUCAAACACACCGUAACACCGAGUUAGACACCCCCUCAAGAGAUGACUUUAGGCGACUGUUUGCUUCUCUAGUUAUACCAACUUUAGUAAUGACCGCGCAAUACACAGCGGUCUAUGGAUCCACGUGCACACCUUAACCAAAACAUAUCAUAAAUGUUCUUCCUUGAGCUGCGUCACCCCGCUGCAGUCGGUGAUGGACUCACCCAAGCUCUGCCUACAAAUAAGCGGCUGCUGUAAGAGAGUAAGUGAGUUGUGUUUAGUCUCUUUGCUAAAGAAAUGAGGCAAAGCUAAAAAGAUGAUUGAUGGCUGGGACCCAAAUGUACUGUUGAUGAAGUUAGGUGCUGUUCUGAGCAUUAUUUGUGGCUAUAGAGUGGCUUUUUUGUUGAGGUGUGCACAUGGAGAUGUAGACCGCUGUGUAUUGCUAUCGUGCAGUCGUUACUAAAGUUGGUAUAACUAGAGAAGCAAGCAGUCGGCAACAUUCAUCUUUCAGGGGGGUGUAUAACUCAGUGUUACAGUGUGUUUGACCUUAACUUAAUUUUACGCCAGAAAUAUCCCUUGUUCCUGUUCCCUUUUUUUAAACAAGCAGCUAGUCUCAUCAUUGGUAUCUCCCUUAACAACAGCAGUAACAUGUGGCCAGUCACUGACUAAAAUAAUGACUUUAUUCCUAGAUGCAGCCCUUAUGCUUCCUUGUACCAUACAGUUCUGUCAGUAGUAGUAAUAAACAAUAUGGAAGAUUAGCAAUUUCUAAUAAAAACAAUAUGAAACAAUAAGCAUGAGGAGUUAAACUGAAUAUGGACUGAUCCAACAAUCUAUCAGAAAGCACAAACAAUCAGUCAUUUACAUGAAAUUGAAGCAUCAAUAUAUGGUGUUUCGGUCGUAUCAUAUUAAUUUUUUUCAUACUGCAUUAAAUGGAAUGUGAUGUUAUAAAGUAUGACAUCAAUGCAGAGCUGUCUCCCAUGGUUAUGUGUGUGUGUGUGUGUGUGCACUGAAUGACAGCUCCAUCGUACUUUGGCUCUGUGCUCCCUCAUCAGCUGUGUUUACAGAGUGCAGCAAUAAUCAGAUAAAGAAAUCAGCAGUUCUCAAUUCUGUGAAGAGCUCUUCUUCAGACAUGGUGUUGCCGAGGGGCCUCUGGAAACCUCUGACCUGUUGACUUCCGCCUGGUUCCACUCAUUAUGACGUAUUGACAUAGUUAUCAAAUACUAUGUGGCAUUUGAUCCAGAAAAUCAACCGAAUGUUUUAAUGUUGUUUUCAUUCUUGACCCCCAGCACCCGGCAAAAGCAGAAGCAGCUGCAGAGGGUUCCAGAUAAUCAGAACCACUACAGAGAAGCGUACAAUGACAAAUCAUCAUUAUUUUAAUAAGAAAAAAUAAUUACCCCUUUUUUUAAAGACAGAGGUUUAAGAACCACAAGAAUCCAUCAGCAAAAGAGCAGAAACAAGAUAAAUGAUCUAAAACUUUAUAAGAAACCACAAGGCCCUUUAAGAGGCAGUGAAAGGCCAGGCAACACAAGAACCUGACAUCAUAAACCGAAGGGACCUAAGCACUAAGGCUGCAAGAAGAACCCAAUUAAAAGUUUGGGCGCCAAUGGCCUUGUGGUCUGAGCAUGCCCCACAUCAACCAAUUCAGUGAGCCACUGGAAGAGAAGCCGCCAUUGGUGGAACCAAAACACAUUUGGGUUUUAACACAAGCUGAACCAAAACAUGAGGAAUUUUCUACCUUUAUUGUAACUGUUUAUGUGAUCAUAAUGUACACACGUGGACAAAAUUGUUGGUACCCCUCAGUUAAAGAAGGAAAAACCCACAAUUCUCACUGAAAUCACUUGAAACCUACAAAAGUAACAAUAAAUAAAAAUUUAUUGAAAAUUAAAUAAUCAAAAUCAGCCAUUACGUUUGAAAUGUUGAUUAACAUAAUUAUUUAAAAAAAACAAACUAAUGAAAUAGGGCUGGACAAAAAUGAUGGUACCUCUAUAAAAGAUUGAAAACUAUUUGACCAGAGUGACAUGAUUAACUCAGGUGUGUCCUUUAAUUGACAUCACAGGUGUUUCCAAACUCAUAAUCAGUCAGUCUGCCUAUUUAAAGGGAGACAAGUAGUCACUCUGCUGUUUGCUGAAAAGGUGUGUACCACACUGAACAUGGACAACAGAAAGCGAAGGAGAGAAUUGUCCCAGGACAUCCGAAAAAAAAUUAUAGACAAACAUCUUAAAGGUGCAGGCUAUAAGACCAUCUCUAAACAGCUUGAAGUUCCUGUGACAACAGUGGCUCAUAUUAUUCAGAAGUUCAAGACCCACGGGACAGUAGCCAACCUCCCUGGACGUGGCCGCAAGAGGAAAAUUGAUGACAGAUUGAAGAGACAGAUCGUUCGAAUUGUAUCCAAAGAGCCCAGGACAACCUCCAAAGAAAUUAAAGGUGAACUCCAAGGCCAAGGUACAUCAGUGUCAGAUCGCACCAUUCGUCGUUGUUUGAGCCAAAGUGGACUUCAUGGGAGACGACCAAGGAGGACACCACUGCUGAAAAAAAAUCAUAAAAAAGCGAGACUGGAAUUUGCAAAAAUGCAUGUUGACAAGCCACAAAGCUUCUGGGAGAAUGUCCUUUGGACAGAUGAGACCAAACUGGAGCUUUUUGGUAAGGCACAUCAACUCUAUGUUCAUAGACUCAAAAACCAAGCAUACGAAGAAAAGAACACUGUCCCUACGGUGAAACAUGGAGGAGGCUCAGCAAUGUUUUGGGGCUGCUUUGCUGCAUCUGGCACAGGGUGUCUUGAAUGUGUGCAAGGUAAAAUGAAAUCUGACGACUAUCAAGGCAUUCUGGAGAGAAAUGUGCUGCCUAGUGUCAGAAAGCUUGGUCUCAGUCGCAGGUCAUGGGUCUUCCAACAGGACAACGAUCCAAAACACACAGCCAAAAACACCCAAGAAUGGCUGAGAGAAAAGCGUUGGACUAUUCUAAAGUGGCCUUCCAUGAGCCCAGAUCUGAAUCCCAUUGAACAUCUGUGGAAGGAGCUGAAACAUGCCAUUUGGAGAAGACACCCAUCAAACCUGAGACAACUGGAGCAGUUUGCUCAUGAGGAGUGGGCCAAAAUACCUGUUGACAGCUGCAGAACGCUCAUUGACAAAUACAGAAAUCGUUUAAUUGCAGUGAUUGCCUCAAAAGGUUGUGCAACAAAAUAUUAAGUUAUGGGUACCAUCAUUUUUGUCCAGCCCUAUUUCAUUAGUUUGUUUUUUUUAAAUAAUUAUGUUAAUCAACAAUUCAAAAGUAAUGGCUGAUUUUGAUUAUUUAAUUUUCAAUAAAUUUUUAUUUAUUGUUACUUUUGUAGGUUUCAAGUGAUUUCAGUGAGAAUUGUGGGUUUUUCCUUCUUUAACUGAGGGGUACCAACAAUUUUGUCCACGUGUGUAGGUGGUCAGCUGCCCUGUCAGCAGUGACAAAGUUAAACUUUGUGAACUGUAGACACAAAAAAAUGACUAAACUGUCUGUACGAGAGCAGACCAAAAUGCCCAGGGGACUGAGUUAUUCUCUAGAAGAGGACCAAGAAUACCAUAAUUAUUACUAACUUUGCCUAUUAAUGAGGGAUCUGUUUUCGUUCUCCUCUCAACACCAGGCACUUUACAGGGCAGUCUUAUAAACAAUGUUCCUACUCAAGCAAGCAUGCUGAUAAAGGAGCUAAAUGUUAUCAUUAUGGCCCAGCUGUGGUAGCAAAUAGAUACUAAAUAAGUAUUCAUUUAAAAAAACCAUAUUUGCUGUUGUAACUCAUAAGUGAUCAGUAAAUGCAUCUCUUAAAAGGGUAAUGUUACUAGUAUGGUUAAAUAAUGAUCCAUAACAUAGUUUAGCAUUAAAUAUCUAUGAUGGAUAUGGUUGUAACUAGUGGUGGGCGAUAUAGCCUAAAAAAAAAUGAUAUCACGAUUUUUCAAGGCAAUUUGGGAUAACGAUAUUUAUGACAAUGUAGGAAAAUUUACAGAACUACAUAUCAUGAAUGAUUGCUGCUUCUGAACAACAGCAUUUUCAUUAUUUGUGUUAAAAAGGGGUUAAAAUAUGAAAAUACACUCAGAUUUGCCAUUCAUUAACAGGACAGGAGUUAAUAAACCCCCUAAGUAUUAUUUUUCUUAUGCUUUUUAUUUUUAAAUAUGUCCUCACAUUGACAACAUUAGCUCCGUUUUCUGUUGUUACACACACCUGUUUGUCCCUUUAUCAAUCCACUCGCACUAUUUUCUCCUAUGUGAUCCUUGGAAAAGUAGCUGGUUUUCAAGACAGGAGUUGUGCAACUUCCAGUCAUAGCCUAUGUAAAGGACCAUCAGGCUGAUAAAGGGGUUCGAGGCUCGGCUCGACCAUGUCGGUCGUACAGGCAAAAACUCUGCCGAUGAAAAGGUAGAAGCCAGUUGGUUGCAGUAUGCUUCGUACAUUGCUGGCAAGGUGUUUUUGUAAAAUAUUCUCCACCUGGGAUUGCGUAUCUUGGGUCGAUUAUUUAUUAAGUGUUUAAAGCCUUCCUUUCCGACAGCCUGAAUUGGCUUCGUGUCUUUGGCCAAACAAUACAUGACCGCUUCAGUAAUACCUUGCCUCCAUCUUUUUUUUUUUCGUACAGAGUGCAGUCAGUGCUCCUGCAAUGCUCUGUUAAGCCGUUUGUUUACUUUUACUCUGAACACCGGUAGCUUCUUUUGUGUCCUCAUCACAUGCCUUCAAAGCCUGCUGAUAUUCGGCCAUGUGUUUUAGCUUUAGGUGGUCAAACUUAUUAGCUGUGUUAGCCAAACCACCUUCACACCACAGAGGUAGCUCCCUUUUUUGGCAUUAGAUCCUCAUUUGAGGAUGAAGUUGACACUACUGUGCUGCUCUCGCUCUCCAAGAUUGUUGUUGUGUAUGCAGUGGGUAGUGUCAUUGCGUCCCUACAUUGUAAAUACUGCAGUACGACAAAUUUAGGUCACAAAAAGAUGUACACUGGUAGUACCCUACAUGCCAAAAUUUCUAAGUUUUAUCACCAAUAUGAUAUGGCACACCCCUAGUUGUUACCAUUGUCUAAAAUGAUCUUUCUUAACAUCAUUUCAUCUUUUUCACAGCAGAAAAACAAGAGAUGCAGACAAUGAUGACAUAAGUUUGAAAUAUUGUUUGUUGUUUUUCAUCAGGAUGUUGGGGAGUCACCUGCGACUGCACGGAAAGCGGCGGAUUCACCCCUGCAACAUCUGUGGAAAGGAGUUUAACCACAGCUCUAGCUUAUCACGUCAUCGCCUCAUCCACAAGAAAGGAAAAGGUCUCCCCAAAGACGUCACCCUCGGCCCUAACAUAGGUUCUCUGCGCCACUCUCUGAAGGCUGGUGGCAAGAAGACCAAGAGGCAGCAGCAUGUGGCAACUGCCAUCAUCCAGAGUCAGGGUGGUGAUAAGUUCUAUGCCUGCCCGCAGUGUGACAUGAGCUUCAGAACCUCCACGCAGCUGUCCAAACACCAGGUGACCCACGUGAAGGAGCUGCUAGACAACUAUACCCCCGGCAAGGAGAAUUUGGGUGAGAGCUCAUCCGACCUCAAGAUUCGCCUCAAGCUCUGCUCCCGCGACAAGCCCAACUUCUACACCCUUUGCAAGAAAAACCGACGCUGCAGGGGGGGGAGAGCAAACAAACGUGGCCCCACCAUCUCAGAAGGGGAGGAGGGGGGUGAAGGAGUAGGUGGAGUAGGUCGCCAUGGCUGUGGCCAAUGCGGAAAGCGGUUCAGCUACGCCUCCAGCCUGACACGACACCAGCAGACCCACAGGGAGGUGGAUAGCAUUGGAGUGGCAAAGUUGCAGCAGCAUCAGAAGCAACUUCAGGUCAAGACCGGACUCUCCACUGGCAAGUCCAAGACCUACACCUGUGUCGCCUGCAACAAGACCUUCAUGCACUCAUCCAGUUUCUCCCGCCACAAGAAGGCCCACUUGGAGGAGGAACAACGAGCCCAAGCCGCAGCUGCAAAACGCCGGAAGAGAGUUGUCUUAGACGAGACCGCUCCGCUGGAGUCCGACUCUGAGUGA